AUGGAAUUCCAUCCUUUGAAAUUUGGAUUUCUGUGUACGAUUCUGCUGGUCAUGGUUUCCGUUUUGGGAGUUGACGGGCAUGGUGGGAUGCGAUCGACUCUCGGGAAUAAUCGGCUGCUUGGGAUUUUUUCUGAGAAAAUAAGGAGUUCUCGAAUCGCUCAUUCUCACGCUUCAACUACAAGUAUGCCUUUGUACGAAGGGUACAACUAUACCCAAAUUCUAGACCAUUUUGCAUACACGCCAGAGAGCUAUCAAACUUUUCCCCAGAGAUAUUUCAUAGAUAAGUCCCACUGGGGUGGCUCUCAAAACAAUUCUCCCAUAUUUGUAUGGUUGGGUGCGGAAAUUGACAUUACAUACAACUUAGAUGUGGGCAUUUUUAUCGAUCAGGCUCCUAGGUUCAAAGCUCUUGUGGUCUACAUAGAGCACCGCUAUUAUGGGACGUCAAUGCCGUUCGGGGGAAAGGAUGAAGCGUAUUCAAACGCGAGCACAAAGGGUUAUUUCACAUCCACGCAGGCCUUGGCCGAUUAUGCGACCGUCAUUGUCGAUUUGAAGAAAACAUUAAAGGCAGAGAACUGUCCAGUCGUCGUAUUUGGUGGGUCCUAUGGUGGAAUGCUAGCUGCAUGGUUUCGCCUCAAGUAUCCGCACCUAACAAUUGGCGCCCUCGCAUCAUCUGCUCCUAUCCUUUACUUCGACAAUAUCACACCAACUUAUGGUUAUUACAGCGUUGUCACCAAAGAUUUCAGAGAUGUAAGCGAGAUCUGCUAUAGAAGAGUUAAUGAAUCGUGGGAUAUGAUGGACAAAAUUGCGUCUAGCCCUCAAGGCUUGCUGAACCUAAGCAUGCUCUUUAACACUUGCGAGAACAUUACGGACAAGGACGCAUUUUACUAUGAGCUUGAGUACAUGUACAUGUCCGCAGCACAGUACAAUUUCGAAAAAAUCUGCAACGCCAUGAAUAGCCUACCAGGAGAUGUAGACACUGUUAGCAGAAUAGCGGCUGCAGCUAAUUACGCACAUAAAGGCCAAUGCUUGGAUUUGAGUCCCCCGAAUUUCACAUAUUCUGGAUGGAUUUGGCAGAUAUGCACUGACUUGGUGAUACGAGUAAGCAAUCCGCCUGGCACGACAAUGUUUCCGCCCUCCAGCUUUGAUUUUAACUCCUAUGCCAGGAAUUGCUACCUUAAACUCGGAGUCUACCCACGCCAACACUGGGCAACAACUGAAUUCGGAGGACAUGACAUUAAAAGAGUGUUGAAAGAUUUUGGAAGCAAUAUCAUUUUCUCCAAUGGGUUAAGAGAUCCAUGGAGUAGUGGAGGUGUGUUGGCGAAUAUUUCUGAGAGCAUUGUAGCCAUCACCACGGAAGAGGGAACGCAUGGUCAAGACAUUGCAUAUCCAAGUGCUAGUGACGAUCCAGUCUGGCUGAAAGAGCAACGGCAAAAAGAGAUAAUAAUCAUCCAAAAAUGGAUUAACGAUUAUAAAUAA